UGUUUUGGCAAAUUACGCUCUCUAUCACUUAGUUUUAGACCGUGCUAAAAUCCUUACAGAUUUAUUUCGAGAUAUAUCACAAGAUUAUGAAACGGCUCAAGAAAUGAUAGAAAAUUUACGACAAGCGUUUUUUGAGUUAUUAACAGAAUUAGAUUGGAUGGAUUCUGAUACAAGAGAAUUGGCCAGAGUUAAGUAUAACUAUGGUAAAGACACCUACUUCGACAAUUACAGUGGGGAUCAAGAAAGAAAAGUGGUGGAAAAUUUAAAGGAUUUAAGAAAUGGUGUCUCUAAAGAUGAUUGGUCACUGAAUGCUGCCACAGUUAAUGCCUUUUACAGUCCACAGAAAAAUCAAAUAAUGUUUCCAGCAGGUAUACUUCAGCCACCUUUCUUCAAUAAAGACUAUCCCAAGGCGUUGAAUUAUGGUGGCAUAGGUGUAGUAAUUGGUCACGAGAUCACACACGGCUUUGAUGAUUCAGGUAGACAAUAUGAUAAGGAUGGUAAUCUGUUACAAUGGUGGAGUGAUGAUGCUAUUGACCAGUUUAAAGCUAAGGCUCAAUGUAUUAUAGACCAAUAUUCCACUUAUAUAUUACCGGAAGCAAACAUGAAUGCUUAUAAGAAUGUUAUAGCUAAAGAAGGGGAAGAAGCAAGACUGCCUGGUUUGAAAUAUAAUAAUAAUCAGCUAUUCUUUAUAAAUUUUGGCCAG